UUCGUUAUUUAAAUGCCAGAGUCCGUAUAAGAUGUAAUGAUGGAUAUAUGGAAAGCAACGGGGUUGUAGAGAGUACCUGCAAAGCAGAUGGAAAUUGGAGUUACACCCCUACUUGUGUUUUACGAUCACUCAUUUCAGCGCCAGCGACGGCCACUACACCAGCAAACGAAGUAAUUACAACAUCAUUGACACAAGCAACAACAAUUAUAGCAACAAUACAAAAUAAAGAAACAACACAAACCGAAGCAACAAUAACAACUGAAGCAACAACCGUAGAAGCUGAAAGAACAACAGAAGCUAGGUCAACUGAAGCAACAGCAGAAUUAACAACAUCUGAAACAACUACAGUCAAAUCUACAAAAAAAGAAGCUGCAUCAGUUGAAGCAACAACAACAACCAAAGAAACAACACCAGCCGAAGUAAUAGUAACUACAGAAGAAACAAGCACAGAAGCUGAAACAGCAACCGAAGCUACGUCAAUCGAAGUAACAACAGAAUUAACAACAUCUGAAACAACAACAACCGAAGAAACAACACCAACUGAAGCAAAAGUAAACACAGAAGAAACAAAAACAUAUGCUGCAACAUCAGAAACUACAUUAAUGGAAAUAAAAACAACAUCAACAACAAGUACAACCGAAGCAAAUACGAUCGAAAAUGCAACAAUAAAAACUCUUAAAACAACAAGAACAGAAGUAGCGACAACCGAAGGAACAACAACAGAAAUUACUAGAACACUAGAAGCUACAACAAUAACGGAAGUGGCAACGACGGGUCAUGCAUUAAAUUCAGCAGAAACAGUUUGCCCAUCUGUUAGCGGCGACUGGAUACAUCCAACAUUUGACCAAACUUUCGAAGUCAGUAUAUCCAAAACGUCUGUCAAACAAAAUGGGGCGACUACGGCAUGUACCGGGCUUGCUUCCAGUCUCGUGAAAAUUGAUAUGGAGUGGAAACAGAUUUUCCUUGCAGAUUCGCUUUCAAAUUGCACAGGCUAUUCUACAAUCUGUUACUGGAUAGACGGGUCGAAAGUUGGAUCUUCGUGGCAGUUUUCGGAUUCAAGCGCCAUGCCAACUGAUAAUACGGUAUUCUGGGAUACUGGAGAACCGACAACUACUGGUGGAGUUGGUUGUGUAGCUAUAAAUACUAUUCAACGCUGGAGUGCUAAGAACUGUAAUAACAAAUGUGGCUACAUUUGUGAGCUUACAAAAUAGUAAAUUGAUUUUGAUGAUAAUUUGCCCUGAAGGUGUAUGAAAAUGUUCCACCUCUUUUCAAAAAUUUACAUUUGUACGUGUGAAAUCAGUAUCUUGAAAGAUACCUAUUACAAUGCAUUUUUGUGUCUUCACUUUAUGAAUAGUUUUAUAAUAAUAAUUUGUAAUAUGAAUUGCACUUGCAAAAUAUAUUAUACAAUUAUUGAAUGACUUACAGGUCAAUAAUCAAAACUAUUGUCUGAUGUCCCAAUGACUGAGGGUCAAUAGUUUUUAAUAUUGAGGGGCAAACCAUUAAAUAAGUGUUUAUUACGUGACAUCUUCGAGUUUGGAUUUAGUCCAACUAAAUUUAGUGUUGAACUUUAUUCCGAUCAAAAGCACAUACUAUGGACCAGCGAUUUAUAUGGGUCAUUUAAAGAAUUUAAAUAUUAUGUAUUUCACGUGCAAUUCUAAAGAAAAUAUCUCGCGUAUCAAACUGAUAUUUUUAUUCUGCCCUAGAUUAAUAUUUUAGUAAGUAAUAACUGUUUGUAUUCUCAGAAUAGAUAAAUAAAUAAAUACAUAGAAGGAGGAAUGUACUGUUGUUGAUGACAUAAAUAAUACUGGACCUAUUGAGGAAUCAGCGUGUCUGAUAAUGCCCAGCAGAAAGCAUUAAGGCACUUGGAACACAUUAAGUUAUACUGUAUAUGCAUGGACUUAGUAACAUUUUGUCUACAUUUAAUCGUGCCCAAGUUGAAAGCUUGUCUGUUGCGUCUGUCGUAA